AUGGCACCCAACAAAAAGAAUAUCCAAGGCGAUAUCUGGCCCCGUCUGCCCAAGAAGCACGAGACAUUCGUCUUCUUUCGGAUUACCAAGCCUGCUGAGUUCAAAAAGCACUUGGCCGGGCUGGUUCCUUUGCUUACUACAGCCGAUGAUGCCUUCAAGAUGCGAGAGGAUAUCUACAAAAAGAAGGCUGAGGGUACUCUCAAAGGUCUCAUUCAGCUUUCUGCGAUCAACGUCGCCUUCUCGGCCAAAGGCCUAGCUAAACUUGGCGCUGAGGGAUUUAAAGAUGAUGUCUUCAAUAACGGCAUGUACCAGGAUAUGACUUAUCCCUUGCCUGGUGAAGAUGCGAAACUGCACCAAGGCCUUGAUGAUCAGCAUGAUUGGUACCACCAGUUCAAGCCUACCAAUGGAGCAAUUCACGGCGUGUUUACUAUCACUGGUGAUAGUGAGAAGACUAUUGACAAGACAAUCAAGACCUUGAUUGAUCCGAUGUUCCAGGUUGGCAAAGCCGGCCAGAGCAUGCAAAGAAUAUUUUCCCGGAGUGGGUUUGUCCUUGAGGAUGACAGAGAACAUUUUGGAUGGGUUGAUGGUAUCUCUCAGCCCGUAGUUGAAGGUUUGGAUGACCUCGCCAAAAAGACACUGAAGAACGGAAUGAAGCCAAUCCCCAACGGCGUCAUUCUUGUUGGGGGUGAACAGGAUGAUAGCAGUCAUCCAGCUUGGGCCAAGGACGGUAGUUUCAUGGUAUUCCGGACUUACGAGCAGAAGGUCCCGGAAUUUGUCAUGUGGUGUGCCAGCAACAUCAAAAAGCUAAAAGAGACAGACCCAGAGAAGAAGGCAAUAGCUCUGAAAGAACUUCGCAAGUUUUCAUCCCGUGUUAUGGGGCGUUGGCCUGACGGAGCUCCAAUUGAGCUUUAUGGGGAUGCAGACCCCAACAUUUCCCUUCACCCCGAUCCACUUAUCAACAACCAGAUGCUAAGGGAACAAUGGGGCGAUGAAGCCGAUGCGAAGUUCAAGGAGAGGGAGCAGAUGAACCACACCGAUGACUUCAAUUACAACCCAAGUGAUCAGACAAGAUGCCCCUAUGCCGCGCAUAUUCGCAAAUGUGGGCCUCGUGAUGACCACCCGCCCCAUCCCAAACACCUCAUGCUUCGCCGUGGAAUUCCAUAUGGGCCUUUGACACACAAUGAUGAAAAGGCUGGUGGUGUCACACAGGUGGAACGUGGAUUGCACUUUGUCUCUUACCAAAGCAGCAUCAACAAUGGAUUCCGCACUGUUCAAAAGGAAUGGGCGAAUACCGAACAUGGUCCUGAGGACAGGACCAAGGAGUGUGGAGGAGGCCAGGCGCAGGGAAUCGACGCGAUUAUUGGGCAACUUCCACCUGAUUAUCGUGACAGAGAAGACCCUACCCUUUACGAUCACCCAGCACCGGCUGUCAACAUGCCAGAUGUCGAGAAGCCUGUGCCUGAAGUCAAUAAAAACUUUGUCCCCAUCGGACGCUGGGUGAUUCCGCGUGGAGGUGAAUAUUUCUUCACUCCCUCGAUCUCGGGCAUGAGGGAUACGUUGUGCAAGGCCUAG